GCGACGACCGGACAGCGGAACACGACCUGCUCUGCGCUGCGCUGGAGCUGCGCCUGCAGCAUCUCACAACACUGGACGUGGCGGAGCUGGCGAUGAACCCGAAGCAAGCGUCUCGAUUCACACAAGCACUGACGACGAACAACAGCGUUGUGGAUCUCGCCGUCAGCGAUUUCAUAUUUUCUUUAGGUGAAAGCGACUCUGGUACGCUAUUCGCCGCCUACCUGACCAACGAGAACUGCUCGCUGAAGAGGCUCAAGCUUAAGUCGCUCAGCCAUAGAAGUGCUGAGGCCCUUCUACCCAUUCUCGUCGAGGCCGUGUGCAAGAUGAAAAAGCUAGAAGACUUGAAUGUGGACAUAGUUACCUGGGACACACUCUUCACGCGUACAACCAGCCUCUUCGCCGACGUGGUUGCCCGGAGUUCCACACUGCGACGGCUGCAGUUGCAUUCGGGGACUGGCUUCAGCUGCUGGACAGAAUCUUAUGGAACUCCUGACCUUCCGGUACGCAACGCAGCCCAAUUCAUGGAACCCUGGCUGAAAGCCCUACGGUCGCCGAACUCCGAGCUCAACGAGCUUCGCAUAAACUUGGAGGGCUUCGGCCCGGAGGAAUGCCAUGCCUUCUUUGAAGCAGUGGCAGAAAAUGAAACCCUGAAGUCGGUCAGCCUACAAACCGUGCCCGCCAUGGUCGGCGUUGAGAAGUUGUGCGCAACGAUACGCGAGUUCGGGCUGACUGAUCGCGUGGUCAUCCUGGACCACGAAGUCGACGAAGAGUCGGUAAAGGUGCUGCCCCUAUGCCCGGAAAUCAGCUGCGUCACGGUCAGACAGAAGAAUCUUCCGUUGGGCGGCGCAGAAAACGGCGAGCCAAUCAGCUCGCCGUACGAUGUCCUGAGUCGCUGCGCUCACGUGACGUCCAUUCGAGCGCACAGCCAGGACACAUGCGACGGCGCUUUACUCUCUUCUUUGACGGCGUACGUGCGUGGUGCGUGCUCACUCACGGACGUCGAAGUCGACCUGAGGGAUUUUGGUGUCCAUCUGCGGGACAAAGAGCGUAAGAACUUGGAGACCGAACUGAUGUCUGCCCUGGCCUCCAACAACCGUCUUGUCAGUAUCGACGUCAGGUGCGCGAUCCUGAGCAAGAACGACAUGAAAAUUCUGGUGGACGGUGCUCGCAGCAGUCGGAAUCUUACUAGGUUCAGUGCGACUGUAGACGAGCACUGGAACUGGCGUACACGCGAUCGGCGGACGGAACUGAACCACGCCAGAAAAGCAGCUUUUGCUGAAAUACAGGAAUGCGUCGCAAGGAACACAUCCCUGGUGCGGGCUGCAGUGGAGUUCGUACUCGGCGACCGAGAUGCUGUCAUGGGAGUGCGAGCCUUCGAACUGAUGCACGGCCAUCCGGAUGUCCUUCGAAUGGUCCGGGAACGCGCUGGUGUAACGAGGGGCCAAGCACGAAAUAUGGUCGCCAACGCCUUCUCGUGCGUCAGCCUUUGCAGUCUGGACGACUUCAUGAGGAUGGCCGGCGUCGUGCGGGAAAAGGUCGAGUGCUCGGAUGAUCAACCUGGUGCCGGACUAAGACUGACUGACAUCAACGCAUAUUGUUGGCUGCACAUACGCAGCUUCCUAAAGAUAGGCGACGUUGUGGGAGUGUGAGGACUUCUGAGUGAG